AUGGCCCCGCGACGUACUUCCAGACCCAACAUAGGGAUAUCUCGAUUACCAGUAGAGCUUAUUGAUCUCAUUGUGCAGAAUGUAGGAGUUUCAAAAAGUCUAGCACCCAUUCUCAGAGUAUCCAAGGCAUGGUAUCGUAGUGGAAUACGACAGCUCUACAGACAAAUCAGAUUUACAAGUAGCAAGCAACGAGAUGGGUUUUUUAAAAUGCUUUCACAGGAGCCCAGUCUCUCUCCAAACACUUUAUUACCGUUUAAACAAUCUUUACAACGACGUACGUUUUCAUCCACUUCAGAAUCUCCAUCACGAAUGCAGAUUUCCCCAAUGACGCCUCGUGCACCACAGCUUCCUCGUAGAGGAUCAGUGAGUAAAGCAAUACAUCCGGGCUCAUUGGUGCAUUCUAUUCAUUUUGGGUUGGGUCCAAGACCUCAACCUUGUCUAUCUGGAGCAGUAUGCGACGCACGCAGGACCUUGAAACAGCACUCAGCUAGAUCUGAACAAACUUUUACUACUGAAACAAUAGACGAUAUCUCUACAUAUGAUUCGGAAUCACCCAUUCAAGAUACAACUACUAGUGAGCCUACGUUUUUUAACCAACGCGUUACUCGCAGCAUGAGUGUGAGUAUGAGUGGAGAAACAUGGAAUUUGUCAGAUGGUCUACUGGUCACAGGCAUGGUAUCACCCAUUCAAUCGCCAAUGCAGCUUGAUCAAAACGAGCCUAUUGAGUUGGCAUCAUCUUCUACCAAGACAGCAAGGCCAAGACACGGUGUUUAUGGACGACCAUUAACUAUUGAAACUGGCCGUAGACAGCCUGCAUCAUUGCAUUCUCCUACUGAAAUGCAGUCACCCAGAAGCAUGCAAACGACUGCUACAUCAGUAACUACCACCACAACACUUUCUAGCGUUGCUUCAAUUACCCCUUUGACCCCAUAUAGUGGUGCAUGGGAAAACCGUCGUAUAUCUCGGUUUCUCGAGCCAUUAGCAGCCCACUGUCCAAAUCUCCGCUCACUCUCACUGUCAGGGUGUCAGGUUAACGACUACGACUUUGUUGACAUGCUGAAACAUUUGGUUUAUCUUGAGCACCUCGAUAUUUCAUACUCUACACUAAAGCGAUCGGGAAUGGAAGGCAUUGCACGAUAUUCUCGAUACCAUCUUCACACUCUCAACGUGAGUGGGGUAUUUCGACUAGGGAGAAACACACCUGCUGUAUUAAUUGAGAUCACUAUGCAUUGUGGCGAGUUGAAAACAUUGGUUGCGCUUGAGUGCCCAGAGUUUUAUGCUGAAGUUGAAGAAGAGUGUCGGCAAGUAAAUCCAAGAUUGAUUAUUUUGAGAGAACAAGGAGCGACGAUUGAAAAGUGA